CUCGAGUAAUCUUUAGUUGCCUUUCCUCUUUCCAUUGUGCUUCGAAUUCACUGCCUUUUUACAUCUAGGGAGUGGUUAUUAAAUGGAGUACCAUCUCAUCCUCAUACUUCUUUGUAUAUAUGUAUGGUGGGAAGCGAUGCAGCAACUUCAUCAUCACUUAUGCUGAGCAUGUACUGGAAUACGAAGCUGCCCAACACUGCCAUGCCCCUAGCAAUAAAAAAUUCCCUCCCAGCUAAGGAAGCUAGCACUGUUUGGUCCUCCUCCUUCGCAAAAAAGGAAUUUCAGAGCUUACACAGCCACGGCUUUGGCUACAUCUACGCCGCCACGGAAGACCAACUCCACGACAACUCAAACGGCGCCAUCUUCUUCAAGCCCGCCGCCUUACACAAAGGCAACGCCGACGGCAUGACCUUAGGAUUCUCAACGCCCGAGAAAGGCGCCGUUUUCUUGCCACGGUCGGAAUCCAAAAAGAUCCCGUUUUCCUCCCGGGAGAUGCCCCAAAUCCUCAGCCGGUUCUCCAUAAAACCCGAUUCCGAUGAAGCUCGGAAGAUGCAGACAACCAUCAAAGAAUGCGAAGAUCCCGCUCUCAAAGGAGAAAAGAAGCAGUGCGCCACGUCACUAGAAUCCAUGAUCGACUUUGCCGAAUCCAAGCUGCAGGGGAAGCAGGGGAAGAAGAUCCGGGCGGUAUCGACGGAAACCAUUGCCGGAAAUACGUCAUCCCUCCAGAAGUACACCAUUUCAGGCGUUGAGGAAUUGAACGAAGAUGGCGACGGGAUUGUGGCCUCCCACAAGCAGAGCUACGGAUACGCUGUCUUCUACUGCCACAAAACAGAGACGACGGAUGCUUUUAAGGUUUCCCUGGUCGGAGCUAACGGAGCACAGGUAAUCGCGGCGGCGGUUUGCCACAAAGAUACUUCCGGUUGGAACCCAAAGCAUUUGGCUUUCCAGGUGCUUAAGGUCAAGCCAGGGACUGUUCCCGUUUGCCAUUUCCUGCCGGAGGAUCACGUUGUCUGGUUUGCUAACAACUAAUUAUGUGCAACGUAUAUAUAUACCCAACUCUGCUUCAGCUCUUCGCCGGCCCCUGUUACUUCCCUUUUCUAUCAAUGUUAAUAUACUCCGUAAUUCCGUAUAUCUAGGCCAGGCCAGCUUGACAGCCACAACAUACAUGUAUGUGUAAUAUAUAACCGUGUAUAAUGAAAUAACAAGGCUGACAAUAAAAGAGUUGAUGGUGUUUUAUGCUUUGUACUGCCUCCAUCCCAUUUCAUGUGUCUCACUUUUAUUUGGUACGAUUAUUAAUAAAGCGG